AUGUCUGGAACUCCUGCCUCAGGCUCAGUAGCCUCUUUGAAUCUACAAGUGGCUGCAUCGACAGUAGCUCCUGCAUCGAAUCCAAAAAAUAAGGAAAUUUACAAAUACGAGGCUUCUUGGAACAUAUACUCAAUUAAUUGGUCGUUGCGGCAGGAUAAACGCUUUCGUCUGGCCAUUGGAAGUUUUAUCGAAGAAUACAACAAUAAAAUCCAAAUAAUCACUCUUGACGAAGAGCAGGGUGAGUUCGUCGCCCAACCCGCUUUUAAUCACUACUAUCCUGCAACGAAAGUGAUGUGGAUGCCAGACCCCAAGGGCAAUUGUCCAGACCUGCUGGCUACCAGUGGCGAUUAUCUCCGAAUAUGGAAAGUGUCAGAGAGUCCCACGAAAUUAGAAUGUAUACUUAAUAAUAACCAAUCCACUGGAUUUUGCGCACCGCUGACCUCCUUUGAUUGGAAUGAGGCUGAUCCCACUAUUAUUGGUGCUUCUAGUGUAGAUACAACAUGCACGAUUUGGGGUUUAGAGACACAACAAGCUAUUGGACGAACUCGAAACGUCAAUGGUCAUGUCAAAACACAAGUAAUAGCUCAUGACAAGGAGGUUUAUGAUAUCGCUUUCAGUCGGGCAGCUGGUAAUAGGGAUAUUUUCGCGAGUGUUGGUGCGGAUGGAUCAGUGCGUCUUUUUGAUCUUCGAAAUCUCUUGACAUCCACCAUAAUCUACGAAAAUCGUAAUCGAACUCCACUUCUACGUCUAGCAUGGAAUAGGCAGGAUCCCAAUUAUAUCGCCACCUUUGCCAUGGACUCUAAGGAGGUAACUAUAUUGGAUCUUCGUGUACUUUCUACACCGAUGGCUACUCUAGAUAACCACCGAGGUUAUCUAAACGGUCUGGCCUGGGCGCCGCACUCCAGCUGUCACAUCUGCACUGCGGGGGAGGACUGCUUGGCGCUGAUUUGGGAUAUUCAGUCCAUGCCGAGGGCAAUCGAGGACCCAAUCUUGGCCUACACCGCGGCUGCAGAAAUAAAUCAAAUCCAAUGGAGCGCUCUUCAACCCGACUGGAUUGCAAUCUGUUAUCAAAACUGCUUAGAGAUCCUACGUAUCCUUUUUGUGGGCCUGAAGUUGCAGAGGGAUCCUGAGCUGAUGAAAGAUUUAGAGGUCUAUCGAUUUGUUCAAGUAGUGAAUGAAUUCAUUGAUGAGGCCUAUAAAAGGCGCAGCAAGUCGAGAUUGAGUGAAAGAAUAAGUGUUUUUACGAGUGACUACACAGCGCCUUGUUUGGUUGUAGCGUUGUCCAAGAAAUCCAACGCUUCGGAAGCCUUCAUUGAUUUCAGCAAGUGCGCAAAGUAUGCAAAAUAUGAAAUGCCUGAUGAGGCACUCUAUGGUCGUGUGGGGUAUCUAGCUGGACUUCUAGCUCUCUUAGAUGAAGGCCAUCAGAUUGAUGAAGAUGAUGUAUGCAGGAUUGUGGAAAAAGUGCUGGAAGGGGGUCGUUCCCUUUCUAAGCAGGUGGCCGCACGUCCAGGUGUAUACCAUGACUUGGUGAAGGGUAUGCGUAAACCUCCCGACUGUCCCCCUCUCAUGUUUAUGUGGCAUGAGAAAUUCUACCUCGGGGCUGCUCACGGCUUUGCUGGGAUUCUACACAUUCUCUUAAGGGUACAGUAA